GUAGUUCCGGGGAAGCGCGCUCCAUUCUUCAGAUAAAGGAAGCGCUAGAACUGUGCUGUGAACACGGUAUCCUUUGUGUCCAUUAUUACAGGCUGACAGAUUAAGUCUGAGGCCGGUAACAUCAACAGUGAGGACAAACCCAGCCUGCCUCUCUCCUUCCACACUGAGUCCAAACCUACAGUCACUGGGUCCUGAUUGUGACAGUGGAGCCCAGUUUGCACUGCAGGAUCCAGAGAUGGCAUCAGUGAAGCUGGAAGACUGCAGUCAAACACUGGAUAUGAAUGCCAACAUUAAAGAUGAAGAAGAGGAGAAAUCUGUUUCACUUAGACAACUAGAAUUAAGUCUGAGUUCGGUAACAUCAAUAGUGAGGACAAACCCAGCCUGCCUCUCUCCUUCCACACUGAUUCCAAACCUACAGUCACUGGGUCCUGAUUGCGACAGUGGAGCCCAGUUUUCACUGCAGGAUCCAGAGAUGGCAUCAGUGAAGCUGGAAGACUGCAGUCAAACAAUGGAGCUGAAUGUCAACAUUAAAGAUGAAGAAGAUAAGAUUGAGAAAUCUCUUUCUCAAGGAGACCAUGUUGAGACAUUCUCUACAUCCAGAGAGCAACAGCAGGAAGAUCACAGAGCUAAGAGGUCUCACCACUGCCCACAUUGUGAGGAGAAUUUUUCACUUCUAUCAAAGCUAAAAUUACAUGUAAAAAUACACACAGGAGAGAAUCUGUUUUCCUGUACUGACUGUGGGAAGAAUUUCACAACCUCAAAGGCUCUGACAGUUCAUCAGAGAGUGCACAGAGGAGAGAAGUCAUACCCCUGCUCUGACUGUGGAAAGAGUUUCUCUCAACUGUGCACCUUAAAAAGACAUGAACAUAUACAUACAGGAGAGAAGCCUUACUCCUGCUCUGACUGUGGGGCGAGUUUCUCUCAACUGUACAACUUAAAAAGACAUGAACGCAUACAUACAGGAGAGAAUACUUACUCCUGCUCUGACUGUGACAAAUGCUUCAAAAGAUCAACUGCUCUAAAGGUUCAUCAGAGAACACACACAGGAGAAAAGACUUACUCCUGCUCUGACUGUGAAAAAUGCUUCAAAAGAUCAACUGCUCUAAAGGUUCAUCAGAGAACACACACAGGAGAAAAGCCUUACUCCUGCUCUGACUGUGGAAGGAGUUUCUCUAAACUGUACAACUUAAAAACACAUGAACGUGUACAUACAGGAGAGAAGCCUUACUCCUGCUUUUACUGUGAAAAAAUCUUCAGAACAUCAUCUGAUCAAAAAGUUCAUCAGAGAACACACACAGGAGAGAAGCCUUACUCUUGCUCUGACUGUGGAAAGCGAUACUCUCAACUGGGCCACUUAAAAACACAUGAACGUGUACAUACAGGAAAGAAGCCGUACUCCUGCUCUGACUGUGAAAAAUGCUUAAAAACAUCAGCUGAGCAAAAAGUUCAUCAGAGAACACACACGGGAGAGAAGCCUUACUCCUGCUCUGACUGUGAAAAAUGCUUCAAAACAUCAACUGAUCGAAAAGUUCAUCAGAGAAUACACACAGGAGAGAAGCCUUACUCCUGCUUUUACUGUGAAAAAUGCUUCAAAACAUCAACUGAUCGAAAAGUUCAUCAGAGAACACACACAGGAGAGAAGCCUUACUCCUGCUCUGAUUGUGAAAAAUGCUUCAAAAGAUCAACUGCUCUAAAAGUUCAUCAGAGAAAUCACACAGGAGAUAAGCCUUACACCUGCUCUGACUGUGGAAAGAGUUUCUCUCAACUGGGCGACUUAAAAACACAUGAACGUAUACACACAGGAGAGAAGCCUUUCUCCUGCUCUGACUGUGAAAAAUGCUUCAAAACAUCAACUGAGCAAAAAGUUCACCAGAGAACACACACAGGAGAGAAGCCUUACUCCUGCUCUGGCUGUGGAAAGAGAUUCUCUCAACUGGGCCACUUAAGAAGACAUGAACUUAUACAUACAGGAGUGAAGCCUUACUCCUGCUCUGACUGUGGAAAGAGUUUCUCUCAACUGGGCGACUUAAAAACACAUGAACGUGUACAUACAGGAGAGAAGCCUUACUCCUGCUUUUACUGUGAAAAAAUCUUCAGAACAUCAACUGAGCAAAACGUUCAUCAGAGAACACACACAGGAGAGAAGCCGUACUCCUGCUCUGACUGUGGAAAGAGUUUCUCUAAACUGGGGGACUUAAAAACACAUGAACGUAUACACACAGGAGAGAAGCCUUACUCCUGCUCUGACUGUGGAAAGAGUUUCUCUAAACUGUACAACUUAAAAAGACAUGAACGUAUGCAUAUAGGAGUGAAGCCUUAAUCCUGCUCUGAUUGUGUAAAAUGUUUCACAGCAUCAACUGACCUAAAAGUUUGCCAGAACAAACACUGGAGAGAAGCCUUACUCCUGCUCUUAAUGUGGCAAGAGUUUCUCCCGAUUGGGAAAUGUAAAGACACACCAACGGAUACAUAGUUGACCGAAGCCUUAUCAAAGCACUGACUGUGGGAAGAGAUUCUACAGAUUGGGCCAUUUAAAAAGACACCAAUGUACACAUAAAGGAGAGAAGCCUCAUCAGUUCUCUCAGACCAGCUAAGAUUAGACCCUCCACUUCAUUCUCAUGUCAUUAAAUAAUUGGCAACAUUGAAUUGGAUCAAAUGAAGCGUAGAACACUAUUGUAAAAAUAAAAAAACACAACAAAAAAAACAUAUAAGGACACCUGCUUUUUCCAUAGCAGACCAGGUGGGCUAAGGAAUGAAACAAUUGGAAACAUACUGCCUGGUCUGAUAAAUCCCGGUUCCUCCUGUUUCAUGCUGAUGGGAGGACUGGGGUAUGGAGGAAACCACGAGUACAUACAUCCAGUGGUGGAAAAAGUACCUAACUGUCAUACUGAGUGAAAGUAAUGAAACCUUAAUAGAAAAUUACUCAAGUCAAAGUGAGUCACCCAGUAAAAUACUACCUCAGUAAAAGUCUAAAAGCUUUUGGUUGUAAAUAUACUUAUGUAUUAAAAGUCAUUGCUAAAAUAUACUCCAUCAAAAGUAAAAGUAUGAAUAAUUUCAAAUUCCUUAAAUUAAGCAAACCAAACUGUACAACUGUGUUGUGUUUUUUAAAAAUAUUACAGAUAGCCAGGGGCACACUCCAACACUCAGACAUCACUUACGAACGAUGCAUUUGUGUUUAGUGAGUCUUCCAGAUCAGAGGCAGUAGGAAUGACCAGGGAUGUUCUCUUGAUAAGUGCGUGAAUUGGACCAUUUUCUGUUCUGCUAAUCAUAAAAAAUGUAACAAGUACUUUUGGGUGUCAGGGAAAAUGUGUGUAGUAAAAAGUACAUUUUGUUUAGGAAUGUAGUGAAGUAAAAGUUGUCAAAAAUAUAAAUAGUAAAGUACAGAUACUACUAAAGUAGUUAUUUAAAUAAUUUUUACUUCAGUACUUUACACCACUGCCUGCAUCCAUGCCGUGCGUCAGCAUUUCAGGCUGGUGGUGUGUUUUCAGGGCUCACAUUGGGCCCCUUGAUAAAAGUUGAGCAAUGUUUGAAUGCCACGGGAUAUUGUGAGAGCAAAAUUGCAAGAUUACGUUAUAUUAGUUUAAUUUUAUCAAAUGGUUGUUUUAUGCAACAGAAUAGAGGGUUCUUAUAACUCUAUGGUUUCUGUGUGAACUGAAAAGUGGGCCUCUGGGAGAUUUAACACUGACAGAAAAUGUACAUUGUCUUGGGUUGAUAAACCUAACAAGACCGCAUUCCAUAGCAUGAGUUAAUGUUUCUGUCCUGAGGUACCAGGGGGAGAUGGCUCCAAUGUGGAGUUGGGGGGCCAGACCCUGGUCUCUACACAAUGAGAAAUUAGUAUAUUUCAUACGAAUCCUUACCUUGUGGCCCUUUUCAUAAAUCUGUUGUUUGUAAUGAACAUCCAGGAGGAUGGACUUUGCUAUAAAAUGCUGUGGCUUAGUCCUGCUGGUUGGGCUCUCAACGAAUCACCUACGGUCAUUGACCAGCUCCAUUACUGCAGUAACUAAAGUUAGAUUGUUUUGAAGAAAUGUAUAAGUCUCUCCUUUUGAUUACAAUAAUUCCACCACAGUAUCUAAACAUCAUUGCCAAUCAGGUGCAUCCCUUCAUGGCGGCAGUGCAAAUUGAUUUUCUUUUCAUUAGGAUUAUGCCUUAUGCCACAAGGCUUGUCCAGGAAUGGUUCCAAGAACAUUACAGUGAAUUCAGCUCACUGAAUUCCCUGUAAUUGUACAUCUGUGGGGGGAGAUGGAACGAGCUAUUCAGAGUAGAGAUCCACUCCCAGCCAACUUGACACGAUUGUAGGAAGCAUUGGAGUCAACAUCAACACCUUGGACAGUCCAUGCUCGAAGAUUUUAGGCUGACAUUCUAGAUGAUUCUGUGUAUCGUAAGUUCAAAUAAAGUCCAUAUAAUAAUAAUUUCUAAAAUCUAACAAUUUGAUGAAAUGAUAGCCUAUUUGGUAAUGACAGUCAUGACACUUUUUUUUAAACUGGUGCAUUAAAUAUUUUUAAAGACUUUUGGAAGUGUGAUACAUAUAAUAAUGUCAAAAGUCUGGGUGUGAGAAUGCUUUAUAAAAUAAAACAUUUUAAAAGCUGAAAAAAACAGAGGUUAUUUAGUAUCUACUUAAUGGAUGUGAAAUAAACAUAUCUAAAUUAAAGUCUUCAAGUUCUUCAAGACUAUUUACAUAAUCAACUGGGCAUUACAACAGCCUCUCUGGUUCUAUUCUCCAAUAGUAACUGGGUCAUUAUUGAAUUGCAUGGGUAAUGCUGUUUCUUGGCUUUGGUACGCUAUAAAACACUUAUUUAAUAAGAAAACACAAGCACUUUAUACUGAUUAACAUCUAUUUGUAUGCACUGUAGACAUCACUGGUGCCUAAUGGAUGGGCUUGUCACCAUGGUGAUGUGUAGAGAUGUAGUGAAGUGUUUUGAGUAGAUAAAUUCUUUAGAAUUCCAUGAAUUAAACAAAGACAUUCAGUAGAUCAAUACAGCUGCAGUAGUGUAUCUGGUCUCAAAGCUGAUGCUGAAAAACUAUGUCAGUGCUAAGGUCAAAUGUAAUGCUCAUUUACAUUUCCUGUUCGUUUCAGCUUCAUACAAACAGGAAUUAUUUAGCUUAAAACAGUUUUUAGUAUUUAAUGAUAGAAGAGAUUGAGCAGCACAAAUUCAUUCGAAUCUAACUUUAUUUUAUGUUGUCAGAUCAAUUAAGUUCAAAUGGAGUAAUUCAAUCACAUUCAUAAUAAAAUACAAUUUAAUAAACAUGUAGUCAUUUCAUAGCCUGUGCAUCAAUAGUAAAAUUGCAUAGAAAAAUGUAUCUACCCAAACCAGUGGUGAAAACUGAUCAUCACACCAUCUAUGAUACAUGUAGUGUCUACCAGCUCAUUCUCACAGAAAGCUGAAAACAGCAUUUCCUAUCCACCCUCCAUGCUAGAGAAAAAUGCUAGAUAAACAUGCUAGAAACCUGAGGGACAGUCUGGUAGGAACAGAUAAACAUAGUAGAAACCUGAGGGACAGUCUAGUAGGAACUGAUAAACAUAGUAGAAACCUGAGGGACAGUCUAGUAGGAACAGAUAAACAUAGUAGAAACCUGAGGGACAGUCUAGUAGGAACAGAUAAACAUAGUAGAAACCUGAGGGACAGUCUAGUAGGAACUGAUAAACAUAGUAGAAACCUGAGGGACAGUCUAGUAGGAACUGAUAAACAUAGUAGAAACCUGAGGGACAGUCUAGUAGGAACAGGUAAACAUGCUAGAAACCUGAGGGACAGUCUAGUAGGAACUGAUAAACAUAGUAGAAACCUGAGGGACAGUCUAGUAGGAACUGAUAAACAUAGUAGAAACCUGAGGGACAGUCUAGUAGGAACUGAUAAACAUAGUAGAAACCUGAGGGACAGUCUAGUAGGAACAGAUGAAUAUGUUCCUCCUCAGCAUUUCCUAUCCAUCCUCCCCCAGAUCAUUGUGACAACUGUAAUGUAAUGACCGAGGGGGAUUUCUUCCUUCACCAUCAUACCGGAAAGAACAUGCAUGUCAGGGGUAGAAUUUCCUGUAAAACAACAUUUGUGGUAUAUUUCCUGGCCAUGUGGUUAUUAUUUUUGAAGGUAUAAUACUCUGAAUAGCUCCUCACACAGAUGAACAAUUGGAUUGAGAUCUGGUGACUCGGCAGGCCACUGCAGUAAACUGAAUUCCCUGUCAUGUUCUUGGAACCAUUCCUGGACAAGACUUGUGGCAUAAUCCUGCUGAAGAAAUCUAUUUGCAGAUGGAUACACUGCUGCCAUGAAGGGAUGCACCUGAUUGGCAAUGAUUCUUUAGAUAUCCUGUGGUAUUCAAACGUUGCUCCACUUUUAUCAAGGGGCCCAAUGUGUGUCAUGAAAACACCCCACACCAUCACCACCAGCCUGUAAUGAUGACACACAGCAUAGAUACAUGUACUCAUGGUUUCCUCCAUACCCUAGUCCUCCCAUCAGCAUGAAACAGCAGGAACAGGGAUUCAUCGGACCAGGCAAUGUUGUUCAUAUUCAUUCUCCAGUGUCCAGUCUUUUCAUUCCUUAGCCCACUGCAACUGCAGUCUUGUUUUCUGCUAAAAGCUAAUGGGGAUCCAUAAUAAAAACUACAUUAAGGAUUAUAGCUUUCACCUGGGUUCACCUGGUCAGUCUAUGUCAUGGAAGGAGCAGGCGUCCUACCAGCUCAUUCCCACAGAAACCUGCAGAGGGAAGCAGUACCAGCCAGUCACCCAUCAGACUCUAUUGUGUGACGCCUCACAGAGGAUAUUCAACCCUAAGGGCAAAUCCAAGGUCAUCUCAAUAUCUUUACAGUAGAAGCUAACAAAACACACCAAAACUGACAAGGUGCACACUGAUCAGUAAAGAGAGGCUAACAUUCUAUAACACUCCCUUUCCUCUGCAUUGUUCUUUCACAGUGAGAAACAAUUGGAUUACAAUAGUGUUCUACACUUUCUUCAUUUGAUCCAAUUCAACGUUGCCAAUUAUUUAAUGAGAUAAUGAAGUGGAGUGUCUAAUCUUAGCUGGUCUGAGAGAACUGAUGAGGCUUCUCUCCUUUAUGUAUACAUUGGUGUCUUUUUUAAAUGGCCCAAUCUGUAGAAUAUUUUCUCACAGUCAGUGCAGUGAUGAGGCUUCUCUCCUGUGUGUAUACGUUCAUUGUCGUUUUAAGCUGCACAGUAGAGAGAAACUUGAUGUACAGUCAGAGCUGAUGUAAGGAUUCUCUCCUGUGUGUGUUGUCAUGAUGUUGCCCUCUUUGGGUACAGCAAGCCCCAUCCCCCUCUCCCUGUCUCCUACACCUAGGCUGCUGUGGUCAGAGAGAGGUCAUAAAUUCCUGGAGGAGAUUAUCUCCUCAUGGCCACAGUAUAGAGAGGGAGUUUUCAUAGAAGAGAACAAAGGAAUUUCUCCACCUUACAGAACUUGAGGUCCGAACAACAUAUAUGUUCUGGUGAAGGUAUAAAAGAUCGGUGAAGAAUCCAGCUACGAACUGGUCCGUUUUGUACAAUUUGGUGAAACUCAUGGGAGACAAUAUGGCCACAUUACCAUAACUCUGUUUAUAUAAUAGCCUCAGAUAUGAGGUUUACAUCUAAGAUGAAUGGGUGAGGAUGAUACUGUUUGUAAAAUUGUGUGAUGUGAUUUUGGACUGUUUAAUGAAGGAAACUCCAAUUCCCUUUUGAGUUUAACUAAAUCAGAGGACCGCCCAUGAGCACAGUUUUGACCUGGCGUCAUGAGACAGCCUUUUUCUGCUCCCACGAAUAAAACCCCCACUUUGAGAAUUUCUCAACAGACCAUGUUUCCCUCAAUUAUGAGAGGACAAAGGUUGCAGACCAGCUUACCUCGAUAAGAGGGCCAAGGUUUGAGUAGAUGGCUCAAUCUUUUAACCAUACCACGUGGUUAAACUCUUAGACUAUCGAUACCGACAGAAUAAAAACAAGUCUUUGUAUUAAUUACUAGUCUGCAGCUAGGAAUUCAGUAUCAUUGAAUGCGAAGACCGACAACCGCUGAAACAUCUAUCCAUAACGACAUGAAUGAAUGUCACUCUGAACUAUCCAUUCUAACCACGACAGAGAGGGCUGACAGACUCUCCAACAUAAACAAACUUUUCAACAGAGAUCCCAACAACACACUGAGUGUAAAUAUGUAUAUUGAUUGCAAUUGUUCCCGAAUUAGUGAGCGUUCAUGUGCAAAGGAUUAGCAUUUCAAUUGUUAUAAUUAUCAACUGUGUGUUGUCUUAUCUCAGUCGACCCCCACUUCCCUUUUGUACACCAAGCCGCGAUAAUGGUUUAUCCCACUAGGGAAAUUUCCUUGUAACUAUCAACUGUUUGUUUAUGCAUUUCUCUGAAUUACUUAGUUAGUAAAUAAAUGAUUUAAGACAA